GCACGCAUGAACAACCGUCACGCCGAUUGAACUGCGUUUUUGAGGAAGGCACGUAGACGAAAAAAAAAAAGGUGUCUAUUCGGAUAGUGGAAUGUUUUGGUGAGUUUUUGCUUUGACUUGUGGAGAAAGCAGCGUUAAUUUGCUCUGUGCGCCAUGGGCGGUCCAGACUGAGCAUCCCUCCAGUCAGACGACACCGAGCUUUUUCCCUGCACGGGAGAGGAAUCAGAGAGCUGUUUUUUUUGUUGUUGUUGUUGGGGGGAAAUCGAAAAAUAUUACGUUAGUUGGAAGCUGUGCGAUGGGUUUUGUGAUGAAUCUUCAGGUGCAUGAAGAGAUUGCCAUGGUCCACUUGGAUGGGACUGCGCCUGCUCCAGUGGGCAAUGCUUUUUGGCUCCAACUUGUACACGGCGGUUAUUUUUGCAGCAAACGCAUGGACGGGGAAUCUUGAAUUUCGGAUUGUACGAAAAUCCAUCGAGUCAUCCUAAAGUGGAGGUAAUUGUGCGGUGGUGUUCGGGCAUAUAUGCACAUUUGAACCGGACUGCACACCAGCUCCAGGAGAGCAAACGGGGCCAGGUGCGCUCAGAUUCGGCUUGUGAAUUAGGACGGUACCUGUUAGUGGACAUGCGGAUCAGAAUCCAUUAACUGGACUUGACAGAUACGCGGAUAUGGGCUCUGCUCUGCAACGUCGUUGGAUAGUACUCCAACUGCUGAUGCAGGUGUGGCUAGUAGCAAGCCCAGCUCAAACAGAGCGUCCAUGCCCAAAAAGCUGUCGCUGUGAUGGAAAAAUUGUGUACUGUGAGUCAAGUGCAUUUCGUGAUGUCCCCAAGAACCUCUCAGGAGGUUGUGAAGGUCUGUCGUUAAGGUACAACAGCCUCAUGAACCUUCGAGCCGGCCAGUUUGUUGGCCUGAACCACCUGAUCUGGCUUUAUUUAGACCACAAUUACAUCACAUCUGUAGAUGGGAUGGCGUUCCAGGGAGUUCGCAGGCUAAAAGAACUGAUCUUGAGCUCCAACAAGAUCACAUCACUUCACAACACCACAUUCCAUCCUGUGCCCAAUUUGCGUAACCUUGAUCUGUCAUACAACAAACUGGAAGCGUUGCAACCAGGGCAGUUUCAAGGACUACGGAAGCUUCUUAGUCUUCACAUACGCUCAAAUUCACUAAAGAUCCUUCCAUUGCGUCUCUUCCAAGAUUGCAGAAAUCUUGAAUUUCUUGAUCUGGGUUACAACCGCUUGCGAAGUAUCACUCGGAAUGCACUUUCAGGCUUAGUCAAGCUCACAGAGUUACACCUGGAACAUAACCAAUUCUCAAAGAUAAAUUUUUCACAUUUCCCCCGACUCUACAAUUUGCGGGCACUUUACCUACAGUGGAAUCGCAUUCGCUCCAUGAGCCAAGGCCUAACCUGGAUUUGGGCUUCCAUCCAAAAACUUGAUUUGUCUGGGAAUGAUCUAUCAGAACUAGAUGCUGCCAUUUACCAGUACUUACCCAACCUGCAAACCCUAAAUCUGGACUCCAACAAGUUGACCAAUGUGUCCCAAGAGGCGGUUGACGCCUGGGUUUCUGUCACCACGAUUAGCUUGGCUGGAAAUGUUUGGGACUGUGGCCCAGCCAUUUGUCCUCUUGUUUCUUGGCUGAGAAAAUUUAGGGGAGCAAAGGAAACAACUAUGAUAUGUGCCUCUCCAAAGAAAGCCCAAGGUGAGAAAGUGAUGGAUGCUGUUGAAGCUUUUGGUGUUUGUCAAUCGAACCAAGUGACAAUGCUAACCAUAAGCAUUCCUCCCAAUCCAUCCAAUGUCUCUGACCAGCCUGAACAACAUCCAGCAAUUUUGGCUUCACCCACUCAUUCUGGAAAGAGAGCAGAAGGCUCUAUCAGGGGCCCAACUUCAUCAGCUGUUACCCAGCCAGUGGCACUUCCCCCAGAUCAAGACUUGGAGCCUGUGUCCUUCCAUAAGAUUGUUGCAGGAAGUGUUGCCCUUUUUCUAUCUGUUGCGAUGAUCCUAUUGGUGAUCUACGUGUCGUGGAAACGCUAUCCUAGCAGUGUCAAGCAACUGCAGGAGAAUACAUCGACGGCUCGCAAACGGCGCAAGAAAUCAAAGGAAACAGAACGCACCUUGAGUUCUCCCCUGCAGGAGUACUAUGUGGACUAUAAACCCAACAAUUCAGAGGCCAUGGAUGUGCUUGUCAAUGGGACCGGAACCUGCACUUACACCAUUUCAGGCUCCCGAGAAUGCGAGGUUCCCCAUCAGAUGGGUGCACUGACCUUCUACCGAUACGAGCAGCCGAUUGUAGACUACUGCCAAGCCCAUCAACCCCUGCGGCUAAACAUGGGCUAUGAGGGCCCCCGUCAGGGUCUUGAGGGCCUGGAAGACCUAGGGGCCUGUGAGAGGGGCACUAUACAGACAGUGGCACUCCCAGCCGUGCCCACCGCUACCACCAUAGGGCCCUCAGUGCCAGGGCCUCGUUCUCCUCCAACAGCACUCAGGCCAACGACUGAGGCUCCCAGCGGCAGUCUUCCCACUGAGCGCACAGGCACACUUAAAUUUGGACGCUAGUGAGAUGUACAUGGGUCUCUGAUGAAUUGUGACUUGAAAAUGAUGGGGCAAAUUUGAGCUGAGCUGGUGAUUGACCUUGCGUUUGGAACAUGAGUAUGAACAUUAGAAAUUAGAGGAGAUGUUUUGGUAUCAAUACACACAAUCUGAGCAAAUACAGACUACACAUUCUAGGACAACACAGAACAGCUAAUUGAAGAUGGUCUGAGAUAGGUUAAACACAAUACUAUUAUUAUUUUUAUUUUUAUUUAUUAUUUUUGCCAUUUCAACAUAAUGAGCUAUGCUUUCAAUAAAUUAUGGAAGUGCAUGUGCUCUGACUUUGGGAUGACAAACAGAAAGGAUCUCACACACAAAAGGAGUUAGAUUUCAUGUGAUGAGAAGGGUGUUUAACUGUGAUUUCUAUUAUAAUUUACAUUCAUCAAUUUUCCACAGAUGCACAUUUCUAUAAUUAUUUCAUGAAGACGAGUGCGCUCUCUCUGUCACGAUGGAUAAUUACACUGAGUUCGUCUUUGCUUUGUUUGACUUUUAUUUUGGAUGUGGGUUAUGAUUAAAUACGUUGAUAUACAUAUCAAACCAAAGAGGUCUUUUUUUUUCUUUUCAUUUAACUGCAUGCACGCUGAGGGCAUUUUUAAAAUUGACUGAACAAACAUCUUUGAUAACUUACAUUAUUAGAUAAACAACUAAGUGUCUGAGGUUUAGUUUGUAACAAAUUGGCAUAGUUAUGAGAUAAUUAUGAAUUGGUGUUCAUCAUGUUACUGUCUAUGGUUUCUGGUCCUAAAACCGUUCCACUGCAACACCCACAGACACACUUGUAUAUGAGCUUUUUGGGCAUGCUCCAUAUUUAAACAUACAAGGUCCUGUUAAAAGAAUGGCAGAAAUUUGUAGCCCAACAAUUUGCUAAAUCUAUUUGCAAACAUGAUUUCCAAGUAUUGUACAUAUCAUUGAAGAGGUCCACUGACCGCUCUCACUGCCCCAUUUGGAAUCAUGUCGGACUUUGAUCAGAUGAGGAGAGCAUCAUCUCUGACCAUGUCACUCCCUGCAUCUCCCCCCACCACAGUGCAAACCAGUGCCUCGUGGGGGCAUGUUGAAUCAUCAUGUUGACAUGGGCUUGACCUGUGGAUGAAUCCACAGUGCGGAAUUGGGAAAAAUGCCUGACAUUUCCCUAUUGUCCAAUACGUGACAUCAUGGCUCCCUGUAAACUUUUGGCGAACGUGGAAAGCAUUGCUUAUGACAUAUGGCGCAAGAAAAGAUACAUAGCAAGGAAUGCACAGGGAUUUUUUUUUUUGUUUGUUUCCACAUGCAAGUGAUGAUACACCUGGAGAUAUUGGAACUGUUCUUGGUUCUCUCACCAGAUUAAACUGAACAAACUGUGAGACCGACAUUUCCCACACGGAACGGUCAUCAAGAUAAGAAACUGGGUUACUAUUUAUCUUUUAUUUUUGUUUGUUGUCAUGAACAAAAGAGACACUUUUGAGGUGUGCAAUGAUGAUGUCAAAGACAUUCUAGAGACGUAACAAAGGUCAAAAUCAAAUAGAACUUAUUUAUCAUGUAAAUAGAAAAUCUUUUAAGAUAACGAAGAAAAUGACUUUCUGCUGAAACAUCUUGUGAACAGAGGAGGAGCCUUAUUCAUUUUCCAGUGUGGGAUCUAUGUGUUAUAAAGUUGAAACUGUACUGCUCCUGUUUCAAUGAUAAAUAUUUUUCUAUUUGCUCCAAUAACUAUACCAUGCGGCUGUUAAACACUAAGUGGUUUCUGUCAUCCAGUCAUCUCACAAAACUACAUGAUGGAAGAAAAUUUGAGAGCCCUAUUGUUGUGAUGUAUCCAUAUUUUUCUGUUUCAUCUCGUUGGCCAUAUGAAUUGCCUUGAGUUUUAGCAUACAACUGGUUAGGAAUCACUGUAUACCAGUAUUCAAUCCAAUCCCUAGAACCGCAAAUAUUCACAAGGUCUUCACAAUUUCACAAAAAAAUAGAGGGCUUAGCCUCCCUUGAUGUACAGUACAUUGCAUAAAAAAGAAAUGCAGUUGGUUCGCUUAGUACAGUUGCUUCAUAGUGCUGGUGGACUUUCCUUUGUAAAAGCAGCUGUACCAAUAUAUUAGAAGCGCUCUCAAUUCUGUUCAUACAGUAUAUGUCUGCCUUGCUCUAUAGGAAUCCUGCUCAAUCCUGACUUUAUGUCUGCCCCCUGUUGACCCGGGGAUACCUGAUUAAUGAUUUAUCCCUGCAUGCUAAUACCUGGGCUGUAUCUUAUUGUUGGAAAUGGACAGUACAGGCGAUACCUGUCUGAGAAGUACAUGUUAGGGGCUGGACUGUUUUUGAGAGACCUAUUCCAACCCCUAAUGUAGUACUUCCUGUCUGGUUCAUUUAGGUUAUUUAGCCUCAUGCCAGACCUUGGUACCUUUGUAGGUAUUGCCUUCUGUGGUUCAUAUUGCAACAUAUCACUCUGCAACAAUGGCAGCAGCCAUGUUUUACCACUUUGUUCUGACCAGAACAAAAGCACGGUAACAAAAAAGUGGUGAGAAAGUACAGCUGCACUGUCCACAAGGACAGGGUUUUCACCGUGUUUUGGCCUUUCAUGCGCGCUGUUUUAUGUUUGAAAAAAAAUGCUGUUGCUUUUUGGGUGGAUAUUUUCAAAAACAGUAUUUUGCAUUUGUGUGCAGAGGGGGAAAUAUUCUUUAUACAAUAGAACAUGUUUAAUUCAACCAUCGCAGCAACUUUUCCUUUUCCAGGGUAAUGAUUGGAUAAAUAGCGCUCAAGAGCUGGCAAAUGUGUUUCCAGGUAUAUUUGUUUUUAAAUGCUGUCGUGUGUGUGGAUUUUUUUUUUUAGAUUGGAAGAUUGUUUUUAAAUGCCCAUUUACAUGCUGAGAGAAUUAUCUUAUUCAUGCUAGUUAACCAAGGAAAAGGCUUGUUUAUGGAGCUGACUCUUGGAAAAGUAUCCCCGUUUACAAUAUAGCUCCUCCAGCAAACCAGUCCAGUCAAACACCUAUUACCCACUGAACCGUUAACUAAAGCAGCAAAAAACGUUCAUAUUUUUUAUUUUUAGAUUACUUUCAUCCUGGUUCAUUGACAGUAAUCCAAGAUGAUUUUAAGGAAGUUUCAUUAACACCAGAACAACUCAUACAGUGAUAAUUCCAAAUAAAAUCUUCAAUCGACAGAUGCAUAUGCUGACAGGUUGAAAAAUACAUUAAAUUUAACAUGAUACCAAACAACAAUCUUUUCUAGGGGUCCUUAAAUUUUUGUCCAGGCCAGUUGAAUUUGACUUUUUUAUUAUUUAUUUUAUUAUUAGUAUUAUUAUCAUUCUGUUGGGCCACUAAAACAAAGUAAUGUUUGUUUUCAAUUAUUUCUUUUUUAGUGAUGUUUAUUCUUAUUUUCAUUCGUGCCACAUUAUUUCAGUGAGUUCAGUGCAGGUUUUUGUUUCUUUAACAGAAUGGCAACAAUCUGCACUUAAAUUUAAAUUGGUACUCAUUGUGCGAAGAUUGUACAACACAGUCUUGCUGGUAGUAAUUAUUUUUUACUUUGUUAUUGUCCAUUUCUUUCACCAUUAAGUGGGAUGCCAAGGCUCUGCAUGCUAAAUGAUGCAUGUUCGAGCUGAAGUUGAAGUCUGUCUCUGCUAUCCCCACGAUGCCAACAGGUUUUAUUUUCUGUCUCUUUCAUUUUUGUUUGUUUAGGAUUUAGUACACAACAAGCUUCCAACACCCCCUCAUUCCUACUGGGUGCUUUUGCUUCAUUUGUUUUAUGUUAUUGUUCUCUCUCUCGCGCUCUCUUUUUUUUUAACUAUUUUGUUUGUGGUGGGGUGAUUUAUAAAAAAAAAAAAAAAAAAAAAGGCCAGAGGAUUGUAGUAAAAACUUUGAAAAUAUUGCUGUGCUAAUGCUCCAAGGAAGAGCUAAAUGCAAAUCUCUCAAGGGAAAGGGAAAACAGCAGAGAUCAGUUUGUAAACCAGAAACAGUGUAAAAUUGGGGGGACAAAUUUGUAAGCGCAAGUACAUUUAUUCUGACACAAUGAAAGCUUUUGUUACAUUCCUGAACAUCUCAGGCAGGUUUAUUCGCAGUGUACUAAAAGGAUACAAACUGCUUCAGACUCGCACACAGCUUAGCACACAUAUAUGGCAAGCAAAGGGAAUUCUUGAAUUGUCUGCAUUCUGUAAACUGUUUAUUAUAUGCAUGCUCACGUACAAACAAUUGCAAAGAGACACCUAAUGUGAAUGUUAACCACACUAUCAAGAAUCCACUUUGAUUUCUCAGCCUCCAACAGGAGAUAGCCUCAAACAUAAAACUAAACACAAGUGCAAGCUUAAAAUGACUAUAGCUCUUGAUGCACCCAUCAGUUUGAGUUCACCAAAGCCAAUUUGUGAUGGUUCGGUAAUUUCUAAUCCAUUACCUAAUGAAUAGAUUUGAGAAAUCACUAUUUGAUUAAGAUAAAUAUGCCCAAGCCCCUUACUAACACCACAAAUAGAUUUCAGUAUGCAAACUUACAUUUCUUACAUUACAGCGUUGUACAAAGUGGUGAACGGCUAUGUUGAAAGCUGAAACGGAUGUGUAAUUACAAGAUAGCUGUACUCUGCAUGUAUUAAAUAAUGGGCCUGAGUGUACGUGCGCCUAGAGCCUCAUGUACUCCUCAACCUCCCUUUACCCGAUGUCACUUACUGGUCCCAAUUGAUUGUUAUUGUCCACUGCUGUUUUACAUGAGCAAAAGGUCUUUAACCUGUGACCCAUAUUGUCCUGACUGUUGUUUUUCUGCCAUUGCUUAUGCCAGUAGGAUAGCAAGACGUGAUCAUUAACCUUUGUCAGGGAAAAACGUUUUAAUUUGCUCGACAAAGCCCGUUUACGCCCCUAAUUGUAUUUAAUGUGGAGAGUGAAGAAAGUAAGGUUUGAAUUUAAACAAGCAACAUUUUAUUCCUGCAUUUAAUUCGUCAUGACAGUGAGAGAGAACAAAGAGGGGAGCUGACAGAAAGCAAUAUCAGAAUAAGUAUUUGUUUCCAUGCAGGCCCAAAGCACUUUCCCUUUAUUUCCCAGCCUCCUACUGUAAAUGUGCAAAACAACAGAAUCCCUGCUGUCUCCCUCCCAUCCAGUUUCUGCAGAGCAUUGAUUUCUGUAGGGUGUAAAUACGUGCAGCAUUGUUUUCUUUGGUAGUUGCUAUGUUGUUUAUGGUUUUCGCUUUUGUUUUUUCCUCUCUCAUUUGGACUUUUGCUUUUAUUGUACUCAGACCUAAAGCAUUUUUGUGGAGACAUGGUCCAAGUGCAACCAUAAGGCUGUUUGAGUAAAUUAUUGUCAGAAAAUGUUUUGUAAAAAUUUUGAUGAUGAUUAAAAAAAUAAACAUAUACGAUGGAA